UCUCAUUUCACUUCAGCUCAGACGACUGGUCUUAAAUUCUCCCCAAGUGUUCGUCAAGAGACGGGUUUUAUAUCAGCUAAUGUUGGCGAUAACGUGACAUUACAGUGUUUCUAUGAGGAUGAUGUCGGAGUAAUGUUCUUCUGGUAUAAGCAAACUCUGGGACAGAAACCAAGGCUCAUCUCAACCUUCUACAAGCAUGAUAAAAAGGGCACAUUUAUUGAUGAAUUAAAAAACGAUCCACGCUUCACACUGGAAUCUAAAAAUGGAAAUUAUCACUUGACAAUCUCGGAGUUACGCAUUUCCGACUCGGCUACUUACUACUGCGUAAGUAUGCAUGCCAACCAGUUUCAAUUUACAGAGGGCAUCACUGUCGAUGUAAAGGGUUCAGGUUUGAAGGUCCCAGCUACGGUCCAUCAGUCAGCAUCUGAGAGCAUCCAGCCAGGAGGCUCUGUGACUCUGGACUGUACAGUACACACUGGGACCUGUGAUGGAGAACACAGUGUUUACUGGUUCAAGAAGUCGGAAGAAUCUCAGCCAGCACUCAUUUACACCCAUGGAGGCAGGACUGAUCAGUGUGAGAGGAAACCCAACACACAAACACACACCUGUGUCUACAAGCUGCCGAUGAAGAGUCUGAAUCUUUCUCAUGCUGGGACUUACUACUGUGCUGUUGCCUCAUGUGGACACAUUCUGUUUGGAAACGGGACCAAGCUGGACUUGGAGGAUGAGGUGGACUCUCCUGUCUUGGUGUAUUUCUUGACAUUCACCACCAUCCUGAGUGUUUUACUGGCUUUCUUAAUGUGUAUGAUGAACAACAGAAACCUCUGCCUGUGUGCAGAUUCCUCCGAAACAAAGAUGAACGCAUCAAAGACGCAGAGAGACGACACCUGGACUGAAUGUGUGUACUUUAGUGUGAAGCAGUAG